CCGCCAGCGCUUCCGGGGAAACGCCCCCCCCCUCCGAGCGACGUGGACGGCUCUGGGGCGGCCGCGCGUCGCUCCCCCGGAACCGGAAGUCCAACCUCGUCGGGCCGCCGUGCCAAGAUGGCGCCCCCCGUGCCGCUGCUGGCAGUGAGAGGAUCUGAAGGGCUUUACAUGGUGAACGGGCCACCAAGUUUCACAGAGAGCGCAGCAUUUCAGAGGGACUCUGGGAAGAAUUGCAAAGCUGUUGCUUUUAGCAAGGACGGUUCCCUCUUUGCCUGGUGCAGUGGAGAGAAAGUAAAUAUUGUUAACAUCACCAGUGCUGAGUUACUGCGUUCCUUUGACCUUCCAAAGGCAGUUUGCCUUGAAUUCUCGCCAAAGAAUAAUAUUCUGGCAACGUGGCAAGCUUAUACCACUGCUAAAGAUGGCACAGCGGGGGUGCCCAACCUGCUGCUCCAUGAUGUGAAAACAGGGAAGUGUUUAAAAUCUUUCAUCCAGAAAAAGAUGCAGAACUGGUGUCCUAGCUGGGCAGAAGAUGAAAGCAUUUGUGCCAGGAAUGUGAACAAUGAAGUGCAUUUCUUUGAAAACAACAACUUCAAUACUAUUGCAAAUAAACUGCAUUUGCAAAAGGUUAAUGAUUUCAUCUUAUCUCCAGGAGCACAGCCAACCAAGGUCGCUGUCUACGUUCCGGGCAGUAAAGGCGCUCCAUCGUUCGUUAGACUUUACCAGUAUCCCAACUUCGGUGGCCCUCAGUCUGCACUGGCCAAUAAAAGUUUCUUUAAAGCUGACAAGGUGACGAUGCUGUGGAACAAGAAAGCCACUGCUGUGCUAGUAAUAGCAAGUACAGAAGUUGAUAAAACCGGUGCUUCAUACUAUGGAGAGCAAACUCUGCACUACAUCGCAACAAAUGGAGAGAGCGCGGUCGUACAACUGCCAAAAAACGGUCCCAUUUAUGAUGUUGUUUGGAGCCCCAAUUCUGUCGAGUUCUGUGCUGUGUAUGGGUUUAUGCCUGCCAAAGCAACAGUUUUUAAUCUGAAAUGUGACCCGGUGUUUGAUUUUGGAACCGGCCCUCGCAAUGCUGCCUACUACAGCCCUCACGGACACAUCCUAGUGCUGGCAGGAUUUGGAAAUCUCAGGGGACAGAUGGAAGUCUGGGACGUUAAAAACUACAAACUCAUUUCCAAACCAGUAGCCUCAGAUUCGACGUACUUCGCUUGGUGUCCUGAUGGGGAACAUAUUGUAACAGCUACCUGUGCUCCCAGGCUGCGAGUCAGUAACGGUUACAAGAUCUGGCACUACACUGGCUCGCUGUUGCACGGCUACGAAGUUCCAUCAAAUGAAGAAAUGUGGCAGGUUUGCUGGCAGCCCUUCUUGGAUGGAGUGUUCCCAGCGAAAGCAGUAAAAUACCAGGCAGUUCCAAGCGAAUUGCCCAGCGCUGAGCCAAAGCCCGCUCAGGCGUACAGACCUCCAGCCCUGAGAAACAAACCUGUAACAAGUUCCAAGCUUCAUGAGGAUGAGCCACCUCAGAACAUGAGACCACAGUCGGGAAGCAGCGAUAAGCCACUCUCUAAAACAGCUCUCAAAAAUCAAAGGAAACAUGAAGCGAAGAAAGCUGCUAGACAGGAGGCCAAAGCUGAUGCAAACCAGGAAUCUACGCAAUCCUCUGCAUCGCAGAACGCCCCACGGAGCACUGUGCCCAUCAUCACAUCAGGAGACCCUGAAGUUGACAAGAAAAUAAAGAAUUUAAGAAAGAAACUAAAGGCAAUCGAGCAGCUGAAAGAACAAGCGGCUGCUGGCAAACAGCUGGAGAAAAACCAGUUGGAGAAGAUUCAGAAGGAGACUGCCCUCCUUCAGGAACUGGAGGACCUAGAACUGGGUCUUUAAAACUUCAUGGAAAUCCAAUGUGGUGUUAACACAAAGUUCAUGAAAAAUCUAAUUUGUAUUAACUUGAAUAUAAUAAAAUGUUUAAGCAAAUGACUGAGGAUGCAGAGUCCACAGGUUUGCUGCACACUGGCCUUUUAAAAAGCUCUCCUAAAGAUCCAUGAACCAGGAAAGCUGUAAACGAGUACAGAAUGUCACACCAGUGGGUCCUGCUGCUGUUUGAACCAGAUGCAAUAGUUUGCAAAGUGCUUUGCCUAAAGCCAGAGCUGCCGGUGUGUUUAGCUUCUCACUUGGGUGUGAGGAAGGCAGGCCAUGGUUUACCCAUUUGAUAGCUUUAUUGUAUUUAAAAGAUCUUUAUGCAAAUGAUCUUUAUGCAAUAGUGAGAUGGAGUUAAAAAUAAAGAACAUUUAAU